GAUUUCUUAUUUAGGAUUGCUGGAGACAAAAGAAAGCUUAGGGUGAUAGUUUCUAUUUCAAGAAUAUAUAGGCUAUAAACAAAAUAAAACAAGAAGUAUGAGGGGCAUUCUCUGACCGUUACGCGGAACAUUUGUUGCCGAAAAAAGUAUCCAAACAAGACUUUUCUUAUGUAGCGUAGCUUGUGUUAUUAUAAAAGCAGACAUUGUUUGUAGUUUUUACGCCAGACUCUGUGUGACCCAACGAAAAAGUUAAAAGAAACACACAAGAAAAAAGAAUAAUAAGAAGAAGAUGAAACUUAUUUGGUCACCGGAAACAGCAUCAAAGGCUUACAUCGACACCGUUAAAUCGUGCGAGAAGCUUGGAACGCCAGGAGCGGCGGAGCUAGUAGCGGCUAUGGCGGCGGGGUGGAACGCGACUCUAAUCGUGGAAACAUGGUCGGAAGGAGAAACCAUAGACAUUAGCGUUGGUUUAAACGUAGCGAGUCAACACACAAAUGCAAGACACAUUUGUAUUGUACCAAACGCAAUAUCAGAAGCCGCUUAUCUUCAAGCCAUGACACAACAAUCUUGCUCCACCUUGCCUGAAACAAUCAUUAUGAACGAGGAAGAAGAAGGAAACUCCGAGAGCACGAUGCAGAAGCUGCAAGGAAUCGAUUUCUUGGUAAUUGAUUGGGAUCAAAAGGAUUUUGCAGCAAACGUUUUGAGAAACGCUGCGUUUGGUAGCAGAGGAGCUGUUGUGGUGUGCAGAAGCGGUUACAGGAGAAGCACGUCAUGUUUCAGUUGGACAAAAGUUUUUAGUGACCGGAACGUUGUGAGAACGGUGACUCUUCCGGUUUCAGGUGGUCUAGAAAUUGCUCAUGUGGCUGCAGCGAGAAUCUCUGGGAAGAGUGAUAACAACAACAAGAGGAAAUGGAUCAAACAUAUUGAUCAAAGAUCAGGAGAAGAACAUGUUAUUAGAAAGUAAACAAAUAAAUAUAAAACUAUAUAGACAAAGUGUGUAAUGAUGAUAUGUUUGAUUUUUGUAUGAGAGUGAUAAUGAAAAUGGCAGCAGACUCUAUGAAGCACGGGGACGUCAAAGGGAUUGACGUAUCCGUACCGGAGACGUUUCUGGGUCGGAAACAUUUAAUUUUGGAAUGUUUCUGAACAGUUUGUUUUAAUAUUUUCCCUUCUUAAGCUUGUUCCCUUUCUUUUCAUCCAAGAAAAAAGUAAAAAAUAGAAGUCUAAACUAGAUUUUGAAUUUAUA